UCUCUGGUUCCCCCGCCUCCACUCCCCAUCUCUCUGCUUCCUCCUUUUCUCGGGCAUCAAAGCAGAGACCACGGGAACAUAGUUCACCAGGCUCGAGGCUGGAGGCCCCGCCAUGACAUCCCUAAGGCCCCUUCUGAUGCUGGCCCUGCUGGCGUGGGUUGUUGUGGCUGACCAAGAGUCCUGCAAGGGCCGCUGCACCGAGGGCUUCAACGCCACCAGGAAGUGUCAGUGUGACGAGCUCUGUUCUUACUACCAGAGCUGCUGUGAUGACUUCAUGGCCGAGUGCAAGCCCCAAGUGACUCGUGGGGAUGUGUUCCAUCUGCCAGAAGAUGAGUACGGGUUCCAUGACUACAGCGAGGCGCAGACCGUCAACAGCAACGUGGAAGCACAGCCCGAGAGCACCACCCUGGCCCCUGUUCUGCAGGCCCAGACCCUAGAGACUCCUGUCCAGGCACCGGUUCUCAUCCCUGAGAAAGAGGUCCCACCACCUGGGCGGGGAGACUCAGAGCCUGGGAUGGGGACCAGUGACCUAGGGACCUCUGAGUCCCCAGCAGAGGAGGAGACGUGCAGUGGGAAACCCUUUGAUGCCUUCACUGACCUCAAGAAUGGUUCCCUCUUUGCCUUCCGAGGGCUGUACUGCUAUGAGCUGGAUGAAAAGGCAGUGAGGCCUGGAUACCCCAAACUCAUCCGAGAUGUCUGGGGCAUUGAGGGGCCCAUUGAUGCCGCCUUCACCCGUGUCAACUGUCAGGGAAAGACGUACCUCUUCAAGGGUAGUCAGUACUGGCGCUUUGAGGACGGUGUCCUGGAGCCUGACUUCCCCCGAAACAUCUCGGACGGCUUCGGGGGUAUUCCGGACGACGUGGACGCAGCCUUGGCCCUCCCCGCUCACAACUUCAACGGCAGGGAGCGGGUCUACUUCUUCAAGGGCAACCGCUACUGGGAAUAUGUGUUCCAGCAGCAGCCCAGUCAAGAGGAGUGUGAAAGCAGCUCCCAGCCGGCCGCAUUUAAACACUUUGCCCUGAUGCAGCGGGACAGCUGGGUGGACAUCUUCCGACUUCUCUUCUGGGGCGGUUCCUAUGGUGGUGCUGGACAGCCCCGGCUCAUCAGCCGCGACUGGUUUGGUCUGCCGGCACGACUGGAUGCGGCCAUGGCCGGCCACAUCUAUGUCUCAGGCUCAGCUCCCAGCUUCCCCCGGGCCAAGAUGACUAAAUCUGCACGCCGCCAUCGCAAACGCUACCGCUCGCUCCGAAGCCGUGGCCGAGGCCGCAGCCGCAGCCAGAACCCCUACUGGCGAUCUCGAUCCACCUUGCUGUCCUGGCUCUCCAGCGAGGAGCUGGGCCUGGGAGCCAACAACUAUGAUAGCUACGAGAUGGACUGGCUUGUACCUGCCACCUGUGAGCCCAUCCAGAGUGUCUACUUCUUCUCAAAAGACAAGUACUACCGAGUGAACCUUCGCACACGGCGGGUGGACACUGUGAUCCCUCCCUACCCACGCUCCAUCGCCCAGUACUGGCUGGGCUGCCCAGUCCCUGGCCACGCGUAGCACCUGAGUCCAAACAGCUGGCCACUGCUGCUCCCUGCUCCAGCAUCCUCCUUCCAGCUCAAUAAAGAUCCCUUGACCCUGA